UGACAAGGGAUACUAUACUUUACUCCAAGCACCGGUUAACGUGAUCCUUGUAGUGUGUGUGUAUUCGUCUGGUCGAAAUGAAAGCCGCUAUACUGUUUGUAGCACUUUUCGGUGCAGUUUUUUGUAAAGACAAAUUCUAUUUUAAAGAGGAAUUUGGUGAUGAUUUUGCGGACAGAUGGGUAGAAUCAACCGCAAAAGGUGCCGAACAGGGUAAAUUUGUAUCCUCAGCUGGAAAAUUUUAUGGUGAUGCCGAAAAAGAUAAAGGUAUCCAGACAUCACAAGAUGCCAGGUUUUACGGACUUUCAGCAAAGUUUGAUAAAUUCAGUAACGAGGGAAAGACAUUAGUGGUUCAGUUCACAGUAAAACACGAACAAAAUAUCGACUGUGGUGGUGGUUAUGCUAAGAUCUUCUCCAGUGAUCUUGAACAGAAAAACAUGCAUGGAGAUUCACCAUACUUGAUCAUGUUUGGGCCUGAUAUAUGUGGACCAGGUACCAAGAAAGUUCAUGUUAUUUUCAACUACAAAGGCAAAAAUUUAUUAAUUAAAAAAGAUAUUCGAUGCAAGGAUGAUGUUUAUACUCAUUUAUACACGUUGAUCGUGAAACCAGAUAACACAUACAUUGUCAAAAUUGAUAACGAAAAGGUAGAAAGCGGAGAAUUGGAAGCUGAUUGGGAUUUCUUACCACCAAAGAAAAUUAAGGAUCCCGAAGCCAAGAAACCAGAAGACUGGGAUGAACGUGAAAAUAUUGAUGACCCAGAAGAUAAAAAACCUGAAGAUUACGAUAAACCAGAACAUAUCGCCGACCCCGAUGCCAAGAAACCCGACGAUUGGGAUGAUGAGAUGGAUGGAGAAUGGGAACCACCAAUGAUUGAUAACCCAGAAUACAAGGGAGAAUGGAAGCCAAAACAGAUCCCCAACCCUGACUUUAAAGGCAAAUGGGUUCAUCCAGAAAUCGAUAAUCCUGAAUACACCCCUGAUGAUGAAUUAUAUAAAUAUACCGAUAUUGGUGCUAUUGGUUUUGAUUUAUGGCAGGUAAAAUCCGGAACAAUCUUUGAUAAUGUACUCAUAACAGACUCUGAAUCAUACGCAGAAGAAUUUGGAAAUGAAACGUGGGGAGAAACUAAGGAUCCAGAAAAGAAAAUGAAAGAAAAACAAGAUGAAGAAGAAAGUAAAAAGAGAGAAGAAGAAGAAAAGAAACAGAAAGAGGAUGAUGAUGCCAAAAAAGAUGACGAUGAGGAGGAAGAAGAUGAAGACAAAGAAGAAAAAGAGGAUCAUGACGAGUUGUAACCAAACUGUUCAAACAUUUCAUCAUUUUAAUCAUCAUCGUGUAUAAAUCAUCCAUCCAUUGUGGGUCAACCUGUUUCUAGGGGGUAGGGGAAGACGACAGCCUCGUGCUGCAGGUGUAAUCUAUCAAUCCUGUCAUAAAGAGACAAUUCAUACCACUACUACUGCAGCCGACAUCUUGGAUUGUUCUUAACUCCGAAGUCUUUUUAUGUUGUUAUAUGAAGAAAUGAAAGGAAGAAGAAUUCUUUUUUGUUGUGAUGUUAUGAAUGUUGCAUUUAAAAGACUGGUUAAUCAUGUUUUCAUUGUGACAUUCACCCUUUUUUUUUAUUUAAAAAUAGAAAAAAAUUUAUUAUAAAUUCCUCACCUCAGAUUAAAACUGUUCAUAUUCACCGUAGUUUUAUUGUUUCAUCAAGAAAAAUGAAUUGCAAAUUUUAAACGACUGAAUAUGAUACUUUAUAUUUAGUCUCGGUCACCCAGUACCUCCUAGUUUUCAACAUGUAGGGGAGAGUCUUUGACAACGCAUCCAGACUAAUAUUUGUAGAAUAUUUUUUUGGAUGAUAGAGACUAUUGUAUGUGUAUAUGAAAUAAGAUUAAUCCGUGAAUUUCGAACGAUUUUAAUCUGAAGUGACGAGGUGUAUAGCUCUUGAUGUAAAAUAUUCUGUACAUUAACAAAUACAAUAAUUAUUUACAUUUAGAGGAAAUGUGUUUUACCAAUAUUAGUUAGAUUGUUAUUUGGUAUUAAACUACAAGUUCUUCUUUUUUAAA